GUUUAUGAAAGGCUAAUAAUCUUUUCACUUUAAUUUCAAGAUCGCAUUUCAAACGAGUUUUGGCUUCGCUUUCAACUACCUAUGCGUUUGAGACAACCAGAGAAAGGGAGACAAAAAAGCUAUCAAAUCAGUAAAGCUUUCAAAAUGAGGACAAACUUUUAUCGUUUCCUUUGGAGUUGAGGUUAUGUUAUGUUCUCUUCUUUCAAAUAAUUAAAUUUUUGUUAAAAUAAAAACUUAUAAUAAAAAAAUCAAAUGAAUGGUUACGUAUCUCAGCCUUGAUUUCCGAUUAAUUGAAAUCCGAAAUAUUAAUUCAUUUAUUCAUCCAUUCAAUCGUCCAUUUAGUGCCUGUAUUUGAAGCGAUCAAUCAUUUGAUUCCCAGACACUCACUCGUGAGACACUGACAAAAACGAUGAAAUUGUUGCCAUUAAUAGUGUUGUGUUGUAUAGCAGUUUGCAAUUGCUAUCCAGAAGGAGCCCCGAGUUGUAAAAUCGAUUCACCAAACCAUGAGAAGACCAAAGCAACGAAAGGCAAAGCGCCCUUCACUAUAGUGGCCACCGCUGCCAAAGCACUGGCCAACGGCGAUAAGACGGUCACCGUUACCAUCACUGGCACUCGUAGUAAAAGCUUUAAGGGAUUUCAUGUGACCGCACGAGUGCCCAACUCAAGCACUACUGUCGGCAAAUUCACCGCAACCGCCAAUACUAAAGUCCUCACAUGUAAUCCCACGUCUGUAAGUGUCAUC